UCUACUGUACUGCCGCGGUCAAUCUUUCGCUGGUACCAAGGUACCUACCCAACAGAUCAGUACCUCUCUUGCCUUUUCGCCGAGCGCGUUUAUACCUUCCUCGUUCCGGAUUUCUUUUGUGUCUCAUUUUCUUCCAAAACGUUCUUUCAACCCUUCUUCGAAGUGUUUUUAGUGAGUGUAUCGUAUUUUUUAUCGCCUACUACGAAAUUGUAACCCACACACAAGGUUGUUCUUUCGCUGGGUACUGUACGGUAAAAGAUCGACUAAAUCUGACUCUCUUGGAACUGUAUUAUAGUCAGAGUAAACUUGACCCGCUUACCGCAUUCUCGGCUGUGCGAUGUGCCCAUGUAGGAACGGUGGCUAAUAAGCGAAAUGAACAGAGAAAGGGUGGAUUUUUCCAGCUGAUCAAUGGACUUGGCACAGACCGAUCAGUAUUUCCAUGGAAUGAAGCAUCCAGGACGAAAAAAGUUGAUAUUAUAAUCAAUAAUUUACUCAAAAAGAUUCGAGGAAAGCCAAAGCCAAAAAAAGAUGUAUACUAAUCGAAAAUCGUGCAUCAUCAAAGUCCUGAUCAUACUUUGCCUGCUAUACUUCGGAAUCCACGUGCUGACCAACGGCGGACCGGUCAUAAGGGAGCUGCAACAGUCUGGCCGAAGUUUGGCCGCUUUGGACACGCAAAAUGUCGAAUCGAUCGUACAAGAAGGCUCAGCACUACAACUGUCGACUGUCAACACCACCAAAGUGGUCCAAACCGAAAUAAACUCAAAACCAUCCUCAAGCACCACUUCUUCGACAGCAAAACCAGAACCGACAGUCAGCGAAAAAAUUAAGGAAAUAACACGAUGUAUAGACAGGCCUUUGGUACCCAAAACGCAACAAAGAGGCGACUAUUGGGUGCUGUACAACUAUAUCCCAGCUGAAAAAACGUUCAAAUGCGAGGAAACGGUUACUUAUACCACCCAUGCAGAUUACUCCUUCAUGGACAACUUGGUGCCAUUGCUGGAGAGGUGGGGGGCUCCCAUUAGCAUAGCUCUCCACGCUCCGGGAACUGAUUUCGAGGAUACUCUGGAGUCGAUAGCUCAUUUGCGAGAAUGUACUAGUCCGUUGGUCAGGGAAUUGGUUACGUUUCAUAUUUAUUUUAGUACCAAGCACGUUCCGAAAGAGGUUCCCAAACACAACGCCCUUUUCCAGGAGCCCUACAAUUGCUCACUAACUCCGCCAUAUUUGAACGUGUCGUCCGAGCAGAUGUACAAGGCGCAAAAAAAGCUCUUGUACCCCGUGAACGUCGGACGAAACGUGGCCCGCGAAACGGCCCAAACUCACUUCAUUCUACCCUCAGACAUCGAACUCUAUCCUAGUCCGAACAUAAGCUCCAAGUUCCUAGACCUGGUCGCGACCAACAAGGGUCCCUUGCUCAGCAAGAACCCCAAAGUGUUUCCCUUGCACAUAUUCGAGGUCAGCGCCAAUUCCCCGGUGCCAGAAAGCAAAACUAUGCUGAAGGAGAUGCUGCAUAACCGUACUGCUUUACCUUUUCACAAGAAACUGUGCUCGGGAUGCCACAAUAUUCCUAAGGCGAAGGAAUGGCAGACUGCUCCGGAAAGCGAGGGAUUGCACGUGUUUCACGUGGGAAAAAGAAACGGACGUUUCGUGCAUUGGGAGCCCAUCUUCAUCGGGACUCACAGCGAUCCUCUCUACGAUGAGAGGCUCAGUUGGGAAGGAAAAAGUGAUAAAAUGACUCAGGGUUACGCUUUGUGCGUAAUGAACUACGACUUCUUGAUCUUGGACAACGCGUUCCUGGUGCACAAACCCGGCAUCAAAGUGUACAAAAAGGACCCCAAGAGGGCCAUGUUGGCCGCAAAAACCAAUCAGCUGAUCAAGAAGAUCAUUUUCCCCGAACUUAAGGUGUUGUACGGAACGCGGAAAGGCUGUGCUGUAUGAGAUUUCGUUUUCACUCGACUCGGAAGUUCUUAGAUAUUAUUUUUGAGCUGGAGGAGGUUCCUAAAAGGUCACGCGCCUCGCCAAGACCAAGUCUGAACUUAAAACUAACAGAUACAAUUAUUUUUUUACGUCUUGACAGUUAUUAUUAGGUGUCAUCUCGUUGUCUACUCUUUACUAGUCAUUUUAUUAUGAACGAAUUAGGUUAUUAAUUAACUUUUGUAUAACGGGGGAGAGUGGUGCUUUUUAGGGAACCUUUUCAGGGUUUUUACUGUGUAGCCAUAAGCAAAACCUAUAAUGUAGUUUAUAUUCGAUAGUUUCGAAUAUUGUGAUCAUUUAAAUAUAAGAUAUUAUUAUGGGUAUUUUUGCGCAGAUUCAACUUAAGAUACUCUCUUUCCCUGCUUUCAAACAAUUUUUUAAAAAUAAGAAUUCUUCAAAUUCACUCUUUAUAUAGAUACACACAUUUUAAAGUUUUUAUUUUAUAAGAGUUGAAAUAUUCUACUCACUAAUUUUUUUUAACAACAAAUUUUAGAUGUUCUCGGAACGGAAAUCAAAAAGCAGGGUAUUUAUAAUAUUAAUCGAUCUUGUUUUAAGUAUUACUGUUACUAUAAAUAUUGUAUAUACUCUAUAUAGUUUAUAUUGGACGUAAGUCGUUAUACUGAAGUGGCUAUAUUCCUAUUUUUGUAUUUAGAAUAGACUGAUAAUAUGUAUAUGUCAUUUAGCCCCCCCCCCAAAAAAAACAGAGAAGAAUCAUACUGAAGUGGCUUGUGUCCUUGAAAAAUAGUUUUUAUUUUAUUCGACAGAAGGUGGGUAAAAUUUAUUUUUACAAUUUACAACUUUUUUCAAGGGCGCUGGUUAUAUCAAAAUACUUUUAUCCCUUAUAAAUAUACACAUAUUUAAAUUUUUCUUUAUGUGGUGGCUAUAUUAUAUUUGCCUUCAAGUGGGGAAGAAUAGAUGCCAAACUCCGUUUAAUCGCCCUGUACAUAUAUAUUAUAUAUUUAUCUACAAAUAUCGUUUUUUAGUAAUUUAAGCAAAAUAAUGCUCAUUUUUGCAGUUUUAAGUACUUAAUAUUUAUUUAAACUUAUACCAACUAUUAUUAUUACUAUACUCGAAUCUUAGGGAUACAAAAUGCAAACAAAAUCGAUGAUCUAUUUAUUCUUGUGUUAAGUUGUAUGUAUAUAAAGAAAAGACAGGCAAUAUGCAAGCAGGGCUCUCUAUAAUGAAACGAAAAAACAAUUUGCCAUAUAGAAAAGAAAAAAAAACAUGAGCUCUGCUUACAAUUGCCACUAAUAUUUUUCUCUUCUAUGAAAAAAGUUUGUACGAGCUGUCCAGAAACUCCCAAAAUGUUUCUAGACAACUGGUAUACAUUGGGGGUAUAAAUUUCAUUAGUGAUCGUAGAGGAGAAAAAUAUUUUGUAGGGUAGAAUCGUCUUUUUGGAAAGAUGUUAUUUUUCUCUAAGUUGUGAACUUUUCAAUAUUAGUGGUUAUGUGCCUUAACAUAGUAUAUCUACAGUAUCUUUUUUAAUAUACGAAAUUGCAUCAG